AUGUACGCGGAAGGCAAGAAGAUUGUGGUGCUGCUCGACAAUGCGAGCAGUCACUCCCUCAAGACCGAAGGUGCCGUCACGGAGGACCUGUUCGGCUUCCGCACCGUGGCUCUCGGGAAUUGGCUGAACGACGCGUGGAUGGAUAUUCCCCCGCGCGCCAUCCAGCGCUGUUGGUGGCGAACGGGGUGUCUCCCGCUCGUGUGGGCCCUCUCGCUCCCUCACGUGGUGGUCACCCCGCAGAACAACGCCCCCACGGUGGUCGAUGGCCCGGACGGGACCGAGACCGGCCUCGACGAGGAGGCCAACGAUCUUGGCCUCCUCAUCGAUAGGCUCGGGCUCGGGCCGAGCGCCUUGUCGGCCGAGGCUUUCGUGGGCAUCGACGACAACCAGCCCACGUGCGCCAAGCCUGGGGAAGACCCCCUUGCGCGUGAGCCUCUGCGCCGCGACACGGCGGUUAUGUGGGAGGCGCCGGCGCACAUGCAGCAGGUAUACGACGACAACAACCCCGCCCCCCGCGAGGCACGUCGUACCGCGCGCGCGGCGUGCGAGAUGCUGAUCGGCUACGCGCGCGCGACGUGCAUCACGUCGCGCGACCUGUGCGCGCUUUUCGACAUCCGCAACCCCAUCAUCAUGGCUCGCAUGGAGCGCGCGAGCCCCGCGCUUGAUCUCAACAACCCCCCCCCCCGUGACGCACGCGGACACCCCCCCGCCGGAGACCCCUCGUCGCCGCGGCAGGGUGCUCCCUGCGUGGAUGCACGUUCCCACCCCGGACUGGGUGGCUCAGACAGCCCGCCGCCAGGAGCUCAUUGA